GGAAGUCUGAAGGCGCGAAAUGGCCGCUGUUGCCGGUGCAUUGCUGGGUCUGUGCGUUGCACAUUCGGUGGUGUGCAUCACCCCGAAAAAGGCCGACUCGAGCGGCUCUCUCCAGACCCAGCUCGAUGAAGGCUACGGAUGGCGGGAGCAGCAGCCCGUGGGCGGACUGCGGCAAGGCCAGCACAAGAUCCGAGGCGCGACCGGCACCUUGCAACACAGAAAUAUCACCGGCAGAUCCUUCUUUGCACAACCCAUGAUCGUGACGGAAAGCCGAGGCGUCUUGUCCCUCCCUGAUGCAACCGACCAUUCUGAAGGCUUCAUCGGUGCCUUUGACCGCCCGCCGCCUCCUCGCGCAGAAGCAGCCGCGGCACUCAUCACCCCGCUCAAUCGCAGCCAAGACGGCAGGCAUCAAGAUGAGGGCCUGACGGCCGUCGUCGAACAGGGCGGUGCAUCGAGGUCAAGGCGGUUUCGCAUGGCGGUUCGGUCGGGAGGCAUCUUAUCGCCAGGCGAUGGGCUUGAAGACGACGGGCAGGGGCACCACGUGCGGUGGGUACCCAAUGCGAUGCUACCUAAUUCGCCACCAUUCCUCUUGACGGCAAGGCCGCCGACAGCUGUGCGGCUCCCUUCUCACUUUAAGCCAGCGUUGUACGACCAGUUUGACCGGGAUUCCCUGAACCUUAACAGGUUCAUGUACCGGCAGCCAGGACAGCUGUGCGGCCGCAACUCGUACUGCGACCCCACUUACGUCACUCAGGAGAACGGCAAGCUGGUCAUCAAGCUGCGCUACCUCAAGACGCCUUUGCCGUACACCAAGUCCAAGUACGCGACAAAGGCAGAUGGCUCGCGGGUGAAGGUGCAGCAGACCUGCUAUGCCUGGUUCUCGGGCGGAGGCAUCAUCACAAGACAACGAUACACGUAAGCGAAUCGUCAGUCAGUCGGAAAGAGACGACUCUCUGAGGUCCGUCUGUCUGUGUCUCUGGUGUGCUGCAGGUACGGUUACUUCGAGACACGUGUCAAGAUGACCAAGACGCCUGGCUGGCACGAGGCCUUCUGGACAUCAUACUCAGACGGAGGCAACAACCUGCACCCCAUGACAUACGGGGCCCGAAGCGAGUUCGACGUCUUUGAGCACUUCGGCUCGUUCGGCCCCUCCGAGUUCUACUACGGCGUCUACAGAUGGUCGGGGGGCCGAGGCGGCGUGCCCCUGAGACUCGAGCGACUGACCGGCAGCAGAUGGCAGCCCGGCCAACAGGUCGACGUGAGCCCAGAACAGGGGCAGACCACCACCAUAGAUGCCGAGAAGAUGGGCGGAGACCAAGACGACAUCAAAGCCGCAGGCGGCCUCUGUCUCACCAACAACUACCACAUCUUUGCCUUGUGGUUUGACAGAGAGCGGGCGGCCUGGUACCUGGACGGCAGCCUCAUCCACGAGGUCAGGGCCAAGACGGACCCAAGUGCGCCGGAUGGGCCAUACGAGAAGAUGCCGAAGAAUCUGUUUCACGUGUGGCUGUCGACCAUUACCAACUACCGGGCGGAGGGGGACACCACCAGCCCGCCUGACUGCUACUACGGCAGCAAGGAGGGCAAGGUGGUCCGAGGGGAGGGAGACGUCUUCUUUGACUACAUCACCAUAUACACCAUAGACUGACUGAUGGACAGAGAAAGGAUCGAUGGAUAGACCGAGAGAGUGUAAAGAAGGUGGCAUGUAGGCAGGCAUCUAUCUGAUAGACUUACAAACAUG